AUGGACAAAGCUGAUACCAAGAUUGAAAAGAAGGAAGGAGCCCCAUCCACCGAACACAUCAACAUUAAGGUCGUCGGCGAGGAUCGGAAUGAGGUGUUUUUCAAGAUUAAACAAAGCACUCCCCUCAAGAAGCUCAUGGAUGCCUAUUGCGAACGUCAAGGCAAGUCGCCUGAUUCGGUGCGUUUCCUUUACGAUGGUGAACGUGUUCAACCCACUGAUACCCCUCAGAAGCUUGAAAUGGAGGAUGGUGACGCUAUUGAUGUGAUGAUUGAACAACUCGGUGGUAGUGGACUAUGA